GAGUGCCUCUAUCUCGACACGCACGUCGCAGGAUGGCGGUCGCCGUUGAGUAGUAUACCGAUACCGCUAUCUCUUGACCGCCACCGCCAUGACGAACCUAGGGCCCUCCGAGAUUGAGGAGGGUGCCCCCUUGCUGCUUCAUAGACAUUCAGCGCCCACAGAAGACGCCGAAGGGAAUGAGGUGUACGACGUGGAGGACUCCCCACGAAGAGCUGAGGUGGAGAAAGCGCUGUUGCACAAGCUGGACAGGCGGAUGUCCAUUCUCAUUCUUAUUUAUAUUCUUAACUACAUCGACAGAAAUAAUGCUGCAGCGGCGAGACUGCGCGGCUUCGAGGAAGACCUUGGUCUUCAAGGCUCACAGUUCGCUACCGUUCUAUCUAUACUCUACAUCGGAUAUAUCACUAUGCAAGUUCCAUCUAAUAUGUUCCUUAACCACAUGGGCAGGCCGUCGCUCUACAUGGGUUGUUGCAUGGCUAUCUGGGGACUCCUCUCCAUGGCGACAGGCCUUGCGACUAAUUUUUAUGGCGUUGUCGUCACACGCUUCUUUAUUGGGGUCUCCGAGUGCGCCUUCUUUCCCGGAGCACUGUUCCUAAUCUCGAAAUGGUACAAACGAAACGAACUGUCACAGCGAACAGCCAUGCUCGUCUGUGGCAGUCUCAUCAGCAGCGCCUUUGGGUCCUUGAUUGCUUCCGGGAUCCUUGAUCUCAUGGAGGGCGUCUGGGGUUACAGAGCCUGGCGGUGGUUAUUCUUCGUCGAAGGUGGGAUGACGGUCAUUGUCGCCAUCAUCUCCAUAUUUGUCCUUCCCGACUUCCCGGAGAACUCUUCAGGAUGGAUCACACCAGAAGAGCGCGCCGUCGCCCUCAAGCGCAUGGCAGAGGAGGCAGACUCGCACGGGCCGAAGACCUCGACGAAGACGGGACAGCUCGCCGGACUAGGGCUAGCGCUUCGGGACGGCAAAGUGUGGUACUUGACCCUGCUGAUGACGUUCAUGAACCUCUCGCUGUCUUUCAAUGCGUACUUUCCGACGCUGGUGAGCACGCUGGGGUACGGGCGCACAACGACUUUGUUAUUGUGUGCGCCACCUUGGCUGUUUGCCACAUUCGAGGCGUUCGUGUGGGCAAGGCAUUCUGACCGAGCAGAAGAACGGUGCAAACACAUGAUCAUGUCUGUCUGCCUCGGGAUCGCUGGAUUUAUGUUGGCCUUCUGGAGCAUGAAUGCAUUCCUACGCUACAUUGCAAUGUUCAUGAUGGCCCAAAUGUACGCCGGGAACAUUGUCUUCACGGCUUGGGCGAGCGCCUCCGUUGCCCACCCGCCAGCAAAGCGCGCGGUAGCACUCGCGUUCAUGAACUCCGUCGCUUCCUUUGGCAAUGUCUUUGGCUCGUACGAAUGGCCUUCCGAAUGGGGCCCGACCUAUCGUGGUUCCUUCGUCCUGACCUCAUUGACGGCCCUCAUUGCUAUCGGCAUGGCCCUCGCCUUCAGACACCACCUCACCCGACUCAAUGACGAAGCAGCGAAGAAGGAGCUCGAUGACGGAGACGAUACCCCGGGGUACAGGUAUAUGUUGUAGCGAUGGCAUCGAUACAUGAGGCGGGGUGUGCGUGCGUGCGAUUUCGAAAGCGUGGUAGACGGUAGAUAACUUAUUGCAUAGAGCUCCUCGUUCCUUCUCUUCCUCGAUGUGCAUCCUUCCUCGAUCCGAUCCCUUCGUCAAUCCGCCUCUUUCAUUUCGUCUGCCCACAGUAGUAGGUCGUCCUUGAGGAGCUGGAGGAUCAUGAGGGAGUCGCGGAAGGCCGUACUUUGCGAGGGGUCGGUGCCCUCGAGUACGGAGAUGGCGUCGUCGAACGCGCUCUUGGCCACGAAGCAAGCGCGUUCCGGGCUCUUGCGAACAUC